GUCAGACUGUGUGCGCGUCCCCGGCGCAGCUGAGCUGCUCGUUCUGUGCGUUACUGACACCUCUAAUCUGCAAACUUAUCACAUCCCGCAGAAUAUAAAACCCCGACCAACUCUGCAAAGCGAAAAUACGUGCUGCUCUCAGCAUGGAGCGUCUGCUAAAAGAACCAGGCUGGAGACGGGAAGAGGAGCGCUAUCAGCCAUCUCCAUCCUCACAGCGCUAUCAGCUAUCUCCAUCCUCACAGCGCAUCAGGACCCCUGCGCUCAGCAGAGCCAGCAGUAGCGGUGGUGCAGCUCCGAAAACAGGCCAAAGCGCGCAACACUUUUCUGCUGAAAUGCCAUUAAGGACGACGAACGAGAAAGAAUUACUUCGCGGCCUAAACGACCGAUUCGCGGGCUUCAUCGAGAAGGUGCAUCGUCUAGAAAGCCAAAACAGAGCUCUGGAAAGGGAAAUAGAGGACAUUCGACUCAAAGCAAAGUCGUCCACGUCUCUGGCCAAGCAGUACGAGCCGGAGAUACAGAACCUGAGGAAGCAGGUGUGUGAAAUAGCGACGCAGAAGCAUCAGUUGGAGCUGGAGCAGAAGCGUGUGGAGGAUGAGUGUAAAGCGCUGAUGGACAAAUGCGAGCAGGAGGCGCGCAGUAGAGCUGAAGCCAUGGAGAGCGUUUCUGCGCUAAAGAAAUACAUCGACAAUGCGUAUUUAGCCAAGCAGGAGAUGGACAUGAAGGCAAACGCUCUUGUAGACGAGAUCGAGUUUCUGAAGAAAGACCACGAGGCUGAAGUGACCGAUAUUUUGACACAAAUAAAGGAGACGCGGGUUUCUGCAGAAGUGAGCAGCUUCGGUAAAGGGGAGCUCACCGCCGCGCUCAGAGACAUCAGGACGCAGCUGGAAGGUUGCGCUCUCUGUCCCGACAUCUACUCAGAACAGCGCUUCAGCAAUCAGCUGGUCAAACUCACCAAAGCUGCCGAGACCGACAGAGAUGCUCUGAUAGCCACCAGAGCUGAAAUCAGCCAAUUUAAAACGCAGCUACAGACCAAGAGUGUGGAGCUUGAUUCAGUUAGAGGGAUGAGAGAAGCUCUGGAGAGGCAGCUGUAUGACCUCGAGCAACGUCACAACGCUGAAAUCCAUCACUACCAAGACACCAUUAGAGAGCUGGAGCAGGAGCUGAAAAACACCAAAUAUGAUAUGAGUAGCCAUGUGCAAGAGUAUCACGAUCUGCUUAAUGUGAAAAUGGCCUUGGAUACUGAAAUCUAUUCAUACAGGAAAUUGCUGGAGGGUGAGGAGUCAAGAUACUUCACUCUUUCUGAUGCACAGAUUCCCGUGCCUUAUGUUUACAGGCAGUCACCCAUCUAUACUCUACCUAGGGUGGGGGGAAUGACCCGGAAAGUAGAGCCACAGUACAAGUUUGUCGAGGAGAUCAUUACAGAGACAACCAGGGAAGACAUCGAGAUAUCAGACACAGGGUCUGAUGAUGCUGAAGAACCAAAGGAGAGUGAUCACUUGUGUAGCAAAAAAGAGAGUGAAGAUGUAGCAGGAGGAAGUGAAGCACACAUAAAGGAAAAGAAGACUCAAGAACCAGAUGCAGAGGAAAAUAUAGCCAUCUCCAAAACAGAACAACUGGACACUAAAGAAAAAACGACAGAAAAUAAAGAGCAGUCAAUUAAAAAGUCACCAGAUGUUUCUACAGGUCUUAAGGAAGGUGACAUGAACACUGAAGUAGCACAAAACAACUUAACUGCAACAGAAGAAACUGGAGAGGAAGAUAAGGAUAACAAUUACAACAAAGAUGAUGACACAAUCUCCAAAACCAAGGAAACAGCUUUAGACACAAAAACAGAAAAAACACAUAUAAAUGCUGAUAGGGAUGUAGAAAAGGUAGCUCUCAACACUGAAGAAGAGAAACAAGACAUAGCAAAAGAAAUAGACCAAGCCAGUAUUAAAGAUCCACAGCCAACAGAGCAAGCAGCUACACAGAAGGCUAUCACCAAGCCAGACAAAAGUACCGUGGAAGAGAUUUCUCCAAAAUCCGAAAAUGAAAAGGCAAAAAAGGAGACACAACAUGUAGCUAAGCCUGAAGGUUCCUCUCCUGGAAAAACAAUGGAGAAAGACAAAGAAACUAGUGAGGAGAAAUGUGUGGAGGUGGACGCAACUACUGCUGACCCACAGCCAGUAUCUCAAAAAGCUGAGGCAGGACAAGAGGCACGUCCUAAAAGCGAAGCAGAUUCAAAGCAGGGUGUAGAAACAGCACAAGCUGAUGUACUUACUAUUACAAAAGCACAGGAUAAUACAGCAGUGGUCGUGCAAAAAGAGCCGGCAGAGAAAGUAAAGACAGAGGCACCACUAAAAAGUGAAGUAAAAGAAAUCAAAUCUGAGGAGGGGGAAAAAAUAGACAGCAAACCAGAGGCUGGUAAAGAAACUGUGAAAUCAGAAAAGGGAGACAGUGCUCAGUCUACAAAGGUACAAGAAACACAGGAGGAUGUCUCCAAAACUGCUGCCAAUCACACAGAAGUUGAAACAUCUGAAAGAAAGGAAAUUCAAGCAAAGGACAUGAUGGACAGUGGAAAAACAGAGGGAAGUAUUGAAUCAAAGAAAACAGAGGUUGAUGAAAAGCAAAUGACAGAGCAGCAGAAAGUUGCAGGAACAGAGAAAAAAUCUGAGGAGCAGUCUCCUCAGAAAAAUGCUGUGGACAUAAACACAGAGCAAAGUCUUAAAACAGAGGAAACAGUAACAGUAAAAUCUCCUGAAAUACAGGAAGAAAUCAUUCAGAAGGACAAAGAACUAAAAUCGAUUAAUAAGGAAAUAAAAAAUGAGCAAAUAAUAGAGAAGCCAGUUACUAAGGAUCAUGAACUGGACACCUCUGAGGAUAUCAAAGAGAUGGAUAUAAUCAAGCCUAAGGUGCAAGAGAUAGACAGUAAGACUUCAAAUGAUGUGCAGCCUGAACAAAUUGUUUCUAAGACCGCAACAGAAAAAGAGCAAAGUAAAGACCAGACAAAGACAGACAAAGAUGUGCAGGAAAUUAAGGACACACAGCCUGAGAAAUCAGACAAGACUGAGAACAGUGAGGCAAAGCAGGACAGUACCAAGAUGGACACGACAAAAAUGAAAGCUCCUACAGCACUUAAUGAUCCCAACAAACCUGAGGCUCCAGAGCAAGUUUACACUGAGAAAGGACAGGACAACAGCAUGGAAGCAGAUCCGCAAAAGGAGAGCGACGUGCCAGCAGUAACUGAGAAUGGAGUAAAUAUAUGAAUAGAUUUUCCAGACACCUUCGCAGGCAGGAUUAAUAUAUUAGAAUUGCAAGUGUAAAAAUAAAUAGCGGUUUAGAUCAAUAAUGCAAUUGAU